UUAUAGAAUUAGGGGGCUUUAUUUGGCGGAGAAUUCACGCCCCGCUGGGCUCAACUCCCUUGCGUUCUAACGAUGCCUUUCCUGUCCGUUGCGCAAUCCAGCAUGGCGGCCUCCACGGCCUUGCUCGGGCCAGCAGCUCGGGCCAUCAUCGUCGUCAAGGCGCCCCCACCUUCCUUGCCCUCCUCAUUCUCGCCCUCCUCCUCGUCGUCGUCGUCCCUCAGCCGGCUCUUUUUCCCCCUCUACUCGGGUUUCGCACCUCGCCGAUCGGUUGAUAGCAGCUUGCGGGGCGCACGCGCGUUCGGGGUGUCGGUGAAGUCGACCGCUAUGGGGCGCGAGGUUGACACCGAGGUGGAGGCCAUGGAUCCUCUGCAGAGGCGUCUCAUGUUCGACGAUGAGUGUAUACUGGUGGAUGAGAACGACAAUGUUGUUGGCCAUGACUCCAAGUACAACUGUCAUUUAAUGGAAAAGAUAGAGAAGGAGAACUUGCUGCACCGUGCGUUCAGUGUCUUUCUUUUCAAUUCCAAGCAUGAGCUCCUGUUGCAGAAACGUUCGGCUACGAAAGUGACCUUUCCACUUGUGUGGACCAACACUUGUUGCAGCCAUCCACUGUACCGUGAGUCUGAACUUAUUGAGGAUAAAUACCUUGGUGUCAGAAAUGCCGCACAGAGGAAGCUAUAUGACGAGCUCGGCAUCGUAGCUGAAGAUGUACCAGUAGAUGACUUCACCGCUCUAGGCCGAAUUCACUACAAAGCUGCAUCAGAUGGCAAGUGGGGCGAGCAUGAAGUGGACUACCUGCUCUUUUUGGUUCGUGACGUGAAGGUUGAGCCCAACCCUGAGGAGGUUGCAGAUGUUCAGUACGUGAACCGGGAGCAGCUUAAGGAGUUAGUGAGAAAGGCCGAUGCUGGAGAAGAUGGCGUGAAUCUAUCACCUUGGUUUCGGCUCGUGGUCAACAACUAUCUCUCUGACUGGUGGAAAAGGGUCGAUGAGGGCACUUUGCCUGAGGGCGCCGACAUGAGCACUGUGCGCAAAUUGUGAAGGCCGUGUGCAAUGAACGAAGUGGGUUUAUGACCUCGCGAUAGAUCCGCUUCGAAAUGAUAAUAUGGUUGCUUUGUUUCUCAUCGUUAGGGUUUAGGGUCGCAUCAUUAUACAUCCCCGUGUCUCAGUACACUUACUACCUAUCAUUGCUAAAUAUCCCACAUUAGCGCGUCAUAGCCUUCAACCGACCCAUAACAUGUCAACUCUUUUGGGCUUUGUUUGGUUAAGUCUUGUGUUUUCACCGUGUGUGGUGGAUCAUUGGGUGAGUGAGUUACGAGGGCCUAAUCCUGCUCGCACAACCCAAAGCGUGACUCCUCAACAUGCACAGGUUGAGGAUUUCGCAUCAAGUAUGGGGAUUGUGGUCAAAAGUGAUUUCAUAGAUCCUAAUAAAGUGCCACCUGUGGAAGGAUAUCUUGUUGGUGGACUGGCAUUUUGUUU